AUGACAUACAAGCCAGGGCUCGAUCGAGUUGAAGCUUGGCCGGUCGAGUUGAGGAACUCGACCGGUUGGUCGAGUAGAUGGUCGAGCUGGUCUUCAAGAUGGCUUCCUCCUUCUUCCUUUGCGUAUCCAGUUGAGCUGCGUCCAUGCGCCAAGUCCUUCCAUGCUCCUCACGUCCCAUAUGCUCCAGAAUGCUCCAAAAGACCUAUUUCAAAGGACCAAUCCGAAGCCGUUUUUGAAGCCCAAUCCGCACAAUUCAAGCCCAAAGCCGGCGCCGACUUAGCAAGAUUAGGUCUAGCCGCUUUUUCAUACUUAGUGCAUUAUAAAUACUUCUUUUUAGCCUUGUGCAUGACUAGGAGGUCCAACAAGGACAACCUAGUUGAACAUCCAGAGAUAGACAAGCUUGAGAAGCAACUUAGGAAGCAAAAGCCCAAGAGAUGGCCGACGAAGCAGCUCGCGCUCACGCCGCUGAAGUGGCGCGCGCUCAAGAAGAAGGAAGAGAUCCACCUCCUCCUCCUCCUAACCCUGCUGGAGAUGUGA